CUUUGCCGGCAAAAAGCGCCAGUCUAGACGGGGAUCUUUCGGAAAAUAAAGCCUUUUCCAAAAGAUCCCUUAUCCCUGAUUUAUCCCUGGGUGUGUUUUUCUAGGGAUUAGCUUGGUCGAGAGACCUUGCUGGGAGGGGCAGGACUGCCAGUCCGACCCCACAGGCCAAGGGUUAGAAAGUUCAUCUUGCAGAACUGGACCAGGAUGCCAGAGUAGGAGCAUCCACAGCUGGGGCUGCUCUAGAACAGCUCUGUAACUGUCCCUGCAUUUAUCCCCUCUGCAGUAGCCCCUAGUGGGGGGGCGAUAAUUAGCUGUCUGCUAAUGGUUCUCAUUCUCUCAAGAGCCAUACUGCUGACAGGCAGGCUUAGGCGGAUUAGCCGUUCGCGUCAUAGACCCUCCCAUCCCUGCUCCAUAUCAAUAAUUCAUCAGCUUGUAAGUGGAAUCAAGGGCUCUGUUUCUCCCUGGUGCGCUGCUGUGAUCUCCCUGUACAUCACACCCCAGUGGGGCUGAGAUGCGGGAGAAAAAGAUCUUCCCGCUGGUCGGACGGACGGACGGCCUGUCUGUCCCAAUGGCUGAGCUGUCCAAACGCUGCAGCUGCAGAGCCUGGCCGAGAUGUCUGAGGGGCCUUCCAGGAUCUCGGGGCCCAUCCCUCCCGACCCCACACUCUUCCCGGACUAUUACAAACGCCCCCUGUCAGCUCGAGGGAGGCUGGAAGGAAAUGCCUUGAAGCUCGACUUCCUCUCUGGCCCGCUGGCCCCCGAUCCCAGCCUGUAUCCCACGUGUUACAGUGCCCGCCCUGCCCCACGUAUCCGCCCCAAUGGCCAGGACAUCCUGGAGAAGGGGCAGAUGGGGACAGUCGGGAUCUUGCUGAAGCUGGAGGGGGUCUCUCUCCACAGGGAGCCGCCCCUGAAAAGGCGCGAGUGCAAGGACCACGAGAAGGAGAAUGUGAGGCGGAUGCGGGAGAUCCAGAGGAGGUGCAAGGAGAAGGAGCUGGCGCGGGAGCACAGCCAGCCCAAACCCAUGAAGGCCCUGUGGAAAUCCCAGAAGUAUGAGAAUGUGGAGUCCAAGGUGAAGGCCAAACUGCAGGAGAGCUCUCCCCCGCCCAACCCAGAGUCUCAGAACUUCCUGAGGGCAUAUUCCCGCUGCGGCUCCGGGGUCCAGCCACGCCGGUCGCUGUCACCCAGACCUGCCAUUUACUCCAGGGCUCUGGGGGUAGGGAUCCGGCUGGCACACAGGGAGGGGAUCCGCUUGCUGCUGUUUGCAGUGAAGGGAGCCGCUUCGCUGAGAGAGGCCCUGGUCAUGGUGCCAAGGGGCUCAGCAGGGCCUGCUGGUGAAAGCCGUGUCUCGCCGGGGCGUGCAGGGCGCGAGUGCAAGGACCACGAGAAGGAGAAUGUGAGGCGGAUGCGGGAGAUCCAGAGGAGGUGCAAGGAGAAGGAGCUGGCGCGGGAGCACAGCCAGCCCAAACCCAUGAAGGCCCUGUGGAAAUCCCAGAAGUAUGAGAAUGUGGAGUCCAAGGUGAAGGCCAAACUGCAGGAGAGCUCUCCCCCGCCCAACCCAGAGUCUCAGAACUUCCUGAGGGCAUAUUCCCGCUGCGGCUCCGGGGUCCAGCCGCGCCGGUCGCUGUCGCCCAGCCCUGCCAUGUCCAGAGCAGUGCCAGACGCAGCAGCUGCAGGAGUGCAGGGCGCAGACGCCAAGAUCCAGGUGGAAGGCAUCAGUGUCGACUUUGUCAGCCACAACGCCCGCACGGCCAAGCGGGCCCCCCUGCGGCGCUCGCGCUCGCUGCAGUCGCUGGCCGAGGCCCUGGAGCAGAAGCGCCGGGAGCAGGAGGAGUACAAUGCCAAGCAGAAGGGCCAUGUGCCCCAGUACCUGCUGGAGCGGAAGGAUCGCUGGCGCAGGGAGCUGGAGGAACGGCAGCGGAACCUGCCCGACCCUGACAUGCCCCCGGGUCACACCAUGAUGCCAGAGAGCGAGCGGCUGGAAACUCUCAACAACCUGAAGCAGAGUAAGGGGAGAACCAUUCGCUCCCGCCAGAGGGGCCUCCCCAGACGGGUGGGAGGGAUGAGCCUGGCCUCAGCCACAGGGUGGCGCUCUUCUCGAGUCCAUGCAUGGCAGGUGGGUCACAUUCACAAGCGGCGGGUGGAGCUGGAGCAGAAGCUGUCGCAGAUGGAUCAGACCCUCAAAAUCUUCUCCCGGCCCAAGGUCUUCGUCAGGCUGGACUCCUGAGUGGGGGGGAACUUGCAAGCUGCUUCCUGGGGCCAGGAAGAAUUCCUGCCCCCAGCUGCAGAGGGUGGUGGCACCGAGCAAGCCCAAGGGAUGCCAGCGGGGCACUGGUGUCCAGGCAGUGCCCAACCUGUGACUGGGGGAGGAGGGGGGGCGCAACUGC